UUAUUAUUGUAAAUCGGCGAUAAAUUUUUGACGGAAGUGGGAUAGAAACAGGAGGGGGAUUUGUUUUUUCUUCGACUUAAAGCUAACGGACAGUCGCGAUGAGUCGGACAAUGACGAAACGUUACCGAGGGUUUAUCGAUAGUCUUCAAACUCCAGUCAUCAAAUUUCUUAGAGGACCGAUGAUGAUCUAUUUGAUGUUUGCCACACUUAUAUCUAUGAUCUUUCUCUGCCGGCCAGUUAAGAAAUGCUUUGGAGAACGCAACCCCAACUUUAAAUACGACUGCUUCCAAGACACAGUAAUUUUGAACUUUAUCAAUGGGUCAGAUAUUCCCAGCAGCUAUGAGGAUUUCGAAAGAUCAAAAGUGAUGUAUCAAUUCUCAAUUUAUGUAUUUAUAACACACAUUUUUAUGAACUGUGUAGCAAUUAAAUUUUGGGAAAGCGUGGUGCAAAAAAGUGUAAUUACUGUUGGGUUUCUUAUUCCCACUAAUCUGAAAAAGUUUACGUUUAAACUGAAUCGGCGUUUACCAUCUUCAUCGAGGGGACUUGACUCUCCACAAAUUCAACACACUAAUGGAAAAUUUCGAGUAGUGAAAAUUUCUAACAGAGAUACCAAACGUUAUAAGAGGCGUAUUGAGACCAUCCUUGCCUCGAAACGUUUCUCCAAUUGGGCAUGGAGUUUUAUGCAAUGCGAAUUAUUAUUAUUAUUAUUUUUUUUACUUCGCGUUUACAUAUCAAAUGUAUUUUUAGACAACAGAUAUUUAACACUUGGGCUGGAGUUUAGCUCGCUCAAACAAGAAAUCAAAAGCUUAAAUUAUUGUCAGACCAGUUACGAACUAUGUAACGAAAAUGAGAAAGUUUUCGCAUGCAUCAUGUUCAUGUACUACUACUACGAGAUACUAUUUGCCAUUAUGUGGUACUGCGAUUUCAUCGUGCUGCUGACUUUCGUCGAACGGUUGGUAGUCAAUAUCAUAUACUAUCUCGGCCAUAGGUCUUCCUUCAUCAAUAAGCUUAUACUGGAGUCGACUACUGGACAUCGCAUCGACAUGAGUCUGUCCUGGCUCUGUUCAAAAUCCUUCACCCAAUGGCUUAUUCUAAGACGGAUUUCCGAAAUAGUUCAUCCCAAGCUGUUUUUGGUCAUAAUGAAGAAGUGUGAAAUGGAACACGUAUGCCGAGAAGAGUCGCGGGUUGAGACCCACCGAGGUUCAAAAAGAUUCAAGACAAUUUUGGAGGAUGCAUAUCUUAUUUAAACAGCCUAUUAAAACCAACUUAAGCGUUUUCUACAAUUUUGUAUUAUUUUAUUAACAUUCAGAUCAAAAAAUGUAAUCUAUUAAUAGGUUUCUUUAUUCAAAAUCAAACAUUUAUAAUGAAGAAUCAUCAUGUUAAUUAAACCUAUUUUUACAAGA